CUUACCCUUUUUAUUAUUAUUAUCAUUGACAUUAUGGCACAACAACCAAAGAAUGAAAUCUUGGAAAAGAAUGAAAUUUUAUCCAAUGAAUUACAAAAAUUAUUAAAAUCUCAAAACACUCGUCUAGAAUUAUACAAAGAAUUUGAUCUCGCAUUUAAAGAUUAUAUGAACGGCAAAUGUCCUGCUGAUCAAUAUCAUUCUAUUUGUAAAAUUGUGACUGAAGGAUUUCAAGAUGUAUCUUUAGAGAUCCAACAUGUCGAAAAGAAUGUCUCUGACAAAGUUAUUGCCGGUAUGAUUCGAAGUUUACAAGAAGCUGAAAAAGAGAAAUUAGAAAAGACAGUAAAACUUCAAAUGUUAAUGAUUCAAGCAAAGGAAUCAGAUAAAGAUUAUGAUGAAACGAUCAAAGAAUACAAGGAAAGUGUUAAAGAAGCUACUGAUAAAGCAUAUGAAGUUUGGGAUGAACUUCGAGAAGAAAUGCAUGGUGUUGCUUCACUUAUUUGUUAAUUAUACAUCCUGUUUUAUUAUAACAAAACACCAAUAAACGAUAUAUUUAUAUAUAUAAAAAAAAAGUACAGUAUUUUAUGUAUAUUAUCCUUGCUAUUAUUUACAUGCCAGUUGAUCGUAAUUCUUCUAAACGUUU